AUGGCGAGAGUGUUCACAAAGCACCAUCAAGUGAUAAUUUCGAGCCUUGCCCAACGGGAUGAGGGUGGCAGGGGUGGACGUGGUUUUAGUGUCCAUAGGAGGCAUCGCGUUGCUGAUGGUCGGCCAGACUGCGACUUUUUUCUGAUCGCUACCAAAGGGCCGCCGGAAGACAGUACAGGUGCAGUGUGGGGCAGGCUUGAUGAUAGCAGAAUUGGAGAGGAAGGUUUUGCUGUUCUGGUUUCAUCUCUUAUAUCAAACUCAUUACAUCUAAGAGAACUUAAUUUGAGCUGGAACAAACCCGGUGACUCAGGAGUGAAGCUUUUGUCUGACCUUCUGAAAGACUUGGACUGUAAACUGGAGAGACUACAGCUGGAGUGCUGCAGUAUUGGAGAGGAAGGUUGUGCUGCUCUUGCUUUAGCGCUGAUAUCAAACCCGUCUCAUCUGAGAGAACUCAAUCUCAACAAUAAUGAGCCAGGGGAUUCAGGAGUGAAGCUUCUCUCUGAUCUACUGAAGGAUUCACGCUGUAAACUGAAGAAACUAGAGCUGAAAUACUGCAGUAUUGGUGAGGAAGGUUGUGCUGCUUUGGUUUCAUCUCUUAUAUCAAACCCAUCUCAUCUGAGAGAGUUCAAUAUGAGCUGUAACAAACCAGGAGAUUCAGGAGUGAAGCUUUUGUCUGAUCUACUGAAGAACCAACACUGCAAACUGGAGAAACUAAAGCUGUAUGACUGCAGUAUUGGAGAGGAAGGUUGUGCUGCUCUUGCUUUAGCACUGAUAUCAAACCCUCUCAUCUGAGAGAACUCAAUCUCAACAAUAAUGAGCCAG